AUGUGCGAGCGCGUGAGGUUGCCGCCUGGCAGUGGCCGGAUUGCAAGGACCAUGACCGAUCCGCCAACCGUUCUGCUGGUCCUGUCCGGUCGACCAACCGACACACCGGCCACAGGGGGUCUGCAUUCGGCACCACCGCACGACCGUACGGCGCACAAUGAAUCUAGUGCAACCGGUUGGUGCGGCACCGACAGACUGCCUUCGCCACUUUUGUUUACUUUUAUUGGCGGCACUUUGUCUCCAAAGCUUUGUCACAGAAUUCGUGAGAACACGACCGAAUUCGCGCUGGUGCUGGCAAUAAAUUAA